UCUGUAAUUUUUAGCAGUUACUAUCAAAUAUAAAGAAAUUUUUGGUUAAGAACAACAUUGGCGAAUUAAAUUCUGUAUAUGUUAACAGCAUAAUAUCACAGAUGCCAUACAUUUUGGUACGUGGUAAUCUUGCAUCAUAUGGUCAUAGAUACCCGUGGAGGGUUUUAGUAUCAGGUCUUAAAGCAUCAGAUAUUGAACAACUGAGUCGUUUUGCUUCUGGAGGAUAUUGUGAUGAUUCGACAAUAGUGUAUUUACAACAUCCUUGCGUAAUAUUAACUGCUUUAGAAGUCCUUGGUUACAAAGUUGUGGCAUCUUCAAGUACCAGUGUUAAGCAAGAUUAUAAUGAGUACAUGUGGACUAUGAGAAAAGACUUUUCCGAACCGGAACCUGAACCUGUUCUUAAGACAGCCCAAGAAUGUCGCAAUCCGGGAAUGCAAUGAUCGGAAAAUUAGAUAUAAACGAUGAGAAAUAUUAUUAUGUUGGCGUUAAAGCCUCGCCAUUUG